AAAAAGAAAAAUAGCUAGAGACAUUGAAGCUGGAGAAUAGAAAUGGAGAGUUACCUCAACUCAAAUUUCGACGUUAAGGCGAAGCAUUCGUCUGAGGAAGUGCUCGAAAAAUGGCGGAAUCUUUGCAGUGUCGUCAAGAACCCGAAACGUCGGUUUCGCUUUACUGCCAAUCUCUCCAAGCGUUACGAGGCUGCUGCCAUGCGUCGUACCAACCAGGAGAAACUAAGGAUUGCAGUUCUUGUGUCAAAAGCAGCAUUCCAGUUUAUCUCUGGUGUUUCUCCAAGUGACUACAAGGUGCCUGAAGAAGUUAAAGCUGCAGGGUUUGACAUUUGUGCGGAAGAGUUAGGAUCAAUAGUAGAAGGUCACGACGUGAAGAAGCUUAAGUUCCACGGUGGAGUUGAUGGUCUUUCAGGUAAGCUUAAGGCAUGUCCUAAUGCUGGUCUCUCAACAGGUGAAUCUGACCAGUUAAGCAAACGACAAGAGCUUUUUGGAAUCAAUAAGUUUGCAGAGAGUGAAUUGAGGAGUUUUUGGGUGUUUGUUUGGGAAGCACUUCAAGAUAUGACUCUUAUGAUUCUAGGAGUUUGCGCUUUCGUGUCUUUGAUAGUUGGAAUAGCAACUGAAGGAUGGCCUCAAGGCUCACAUGAUGGUCUUGGCAUUGUUGCUAGUAUCCUUUUGGUUGUGUUUGUGACAGCAACAAGUGAUUAUAGACAGUCUUUGCAGUUCCGGGACUUGGAUAAAGAGAAGAAGAAGAUUACAGUUCAAGUUACGCGAAACGGGUUUAGACAGAAGUUGUCUAUAUAUGAUUUGCUCCCUGGUGACAUUGUUCAUCUUGCUAUUGGAGAUCAAGUUCCCGCGGAUGGUCUUUUCCUCUCGGGAUUCUCUGUUGUUAUCGACGAAUCGAGUUUGACUGGUGAGAGUGAGCCUGUGAUGGUUAGUGCACAGAACCCUUUCCUUCUCUCUGGAACCAAAGUUCAAGAUGGUUCAUGUAAGAUGCUGGUUACAACAGUUGGGAUGAGAACUCAAUGGGGAAAGCUAAUGGCAACUCUAAGUGAAGGAGGCGAUGAUGAAACUCCGUUGCAGGUGAAACUUAAUGGAGUUGCAACCAUCAUUGGUAAAAUCGGUCUUUUCUUCGCUAUUGUUACCUUUGCGGUUUUGGUGCAAGGAAUGUUUAUGAGGAAGGUUUCUUUGGGCACUCACUGGAGGUGGUCUGGAGAUGAAGCAUUGGAGCUUUUGGAAUAUUUUGCUAUUGCUGUGACAAUUGUUGUUGUUGCCGUUCCUGAAGGUUUACCAUUAGCUGUCACACUUAGUCUCGCGUUUGCGAUGAAGAAGAUGAUGAACGAUAAAGCACUUGUUCGCCAUUUGGCUGCUUGUGAGACAAUGGGAUCUGCAACUACUAUCUGCAGUGACAAGACUGGUACAUUAACAACAAAUCACAUGACUGUUGUGAAAUCUUGCAUUUGUAUGAAUGUUCAAGAUGUAGCAAGCAAAGGUUCUAGCUUACAGUCUGAAAUUCCUGAAGCUGCUCUAAAACUAUUGCUCCAGUCUAUUUUUAAUAAUACCGGAGGCGAAGUUGUAGUGAACGAACAUGGGAAGACAGAGAUAUUGGGAACACCAACAGAGACUGCUAUAUUGGAGUUAGGACUAUCUCUUGGAGGUAAGUUUCAAGAAGAGAGACAAUCUUACAAAGUUAUCAAAGUUGAACCUUUUAACUCAACAAAGAAAAGAAUGGGAGUAGUCAUUGAGCUGCCUGAAGGAGGACGUAUUCGCGCUCACACGAAAGGAGCUUCUGAGAUUGUUUUAGCAGCUUGCGAUAAAGUUAUCAACUCAAGCGGUGAGGCUGUUCCGCUUGAUGAAGAAACAAUCAAGUACUUGAAUGUUACAAUAAACGACUUUGCAAAUGAGGCUCUUCGUACUCUUUGCCUUGCCUAUAUGGAUAUCGAAAACGGGUUUUCCGCGGAUGAAGGCAUUCCAGCCUCAGGGUUUACUUGCAUAGGAAUUGUUGGUAUCAAAGACCCUGUUCGUCCUGGAGUCAGAGAGUCUGUGGAACUUUGUCGCCGUGCGGGUAUUAUGGUGAGAAUGGUUACAGGAGAUAACAUUAAUACCGCAAAAGCUAUUGCUAGGGAAUGUGGAAUCCUUACUGAUGAUGGUAUAGCCAUUGAAGGUCCUGUGUUUAGAGAAAAGAGUCAAGAAGAGAUGCUUGAACUCAUUCCCAAGAUUCAGGUGAUGGCUCGUUCUUCUCCCAUGGACAAGCAUACACUCGUGAAGCAGUUAAGAACCACUUUUGAUGAAGUUGUUGCUGUGACUGGUGAUGGUACAAACGAUGCACCUGCGCUACACGAGGCAGAUAUAGGAUUAGCUAUGGGGAUUGCUGGAACUGAAGUAGCAAAAGAGAGCGCGGAUGUUAUCAUUCUCGACGAUAAUUUCAGCACGAUCGUUACCGUGGCGAAGUGGGGACGUUCUGUUUACAUUAACAUUCAGAAAUUUGUGCAGUUUCAGUUAACAGUCAAUGUUGUUGCCCUAAUUGUUAACUUUUCUUCAGCUUGCUUGACUGGAAGUGCUCCUCUAACUGCUGUUCAACUACUUUGGGUGAACAUGAUAAUGGACACACUUGGAGCUCUAGCUCUAGCUACAGAGCCUCCGAACAACGAGCUGAUGAAACGUAUGCCCGUUGGAAGAAGAGGGAAUUUCAUUACCAACGCGAUGUGGAGAAACAUCUUAGGACAAUCUGUGUACCAAUUCGUUAUCAUUUGGUUCCUACAGGCCAAAGGGAAGUCUAUGUUUGGUCUAGUUGGUUCUGACUCUACUCUUGUAUUGAACACACUUAUCUUCAACUGCUUUGUCUUCUGCCAGGUUUUUAAUGAGAUAAGCUCGAGGGAGAUGGAAGAGAUCGAUGUUUUCAAAGGCAUACUCGACAACUAUGUCUUUGUGGUUGUUAUUGGUGCAACAGUGUUCUUUCAGAUCAUAAUUAUUGAGUUCUUGGGCACAUUUGCAAGCACCACACCUCUUACAAUAGUCCAAUGGUUCUUCAGCAUAUUUGUCGGCUUCUUGGGCAUGCCUAUCGCUGCUGGCUUGAAGAAAAUAAUAGUGUGAUCGAAGAAGAUACAAUGCAGAUAACAAUGUCUCUCUUAUACAACAGAAGUUCCUCUUGGACACCUUUUAAAGCUUUUGCAUCUUUUUUUUUUUUUGCAAUGUGGUUGUUUGUGUUUUAAAAAUAUAUUGUUUUAGGGUAAAAGUAUUAGCUAAAUCAAACCCCAUUUAUUAAUUUUGCUUUGUUAGAAAAUAAGUUAUUUUUGGUUAUAAAA